AUGCACAUCAUUACCCUCGCUGGCACUCUUGCUCUUGCUUCGUUGGUCGUGGCUCUGCCACAGCCACAGCAGAUCGACCUUGACUACGUCAACUCGUUCCCCGAUCCGGUCGUCAGUGCCGCUCCAGUCGGAGCAGUACCCACUACUGUCGACUUGGACCAGUCCUCAGCCGUCGCUGCCGUCAGCCAGGUGGUGGCAGCUGAAGGCGCCAUUGCUCCGAGUUCUUCAGAUUCUGGUGCCCAGAAGCGCGAUGUGCAGGUGACGACUGUAACGCCCCCAACUCUUGGUAAAGCGACAGUGAUCCCCGUCAACAUGUACAUGUCGUCUGUACAAGCCGCGCAAGCAACUGCUUCCGCGAACGCCACUAGCACUCCCGCCAUCGCAAAAAGACAAGCAUGCACGUCUCUACCCACCGGGGCGGGACCCGUGCCAACGCCUGAUACUGCAAGUGCUUUCUUGGCUCUUUCAGCGUUCAGCUCGUCCGCCAGCAGCGCCCCCACUCCAUCUGGGUAUUCCAAUGCCUUUACGAACCUCCGGGGCUCCAGUCAGGCUUAUGGCUACAUGGGCUAUGACGUGCUCUCCUCCUACGACACCAACAAGUGCGCGCAGAAGUGCAGUGCCAAGUCUGGCUGCCUCGCCUUCAACAUCUGUAAGUGCCUCUGGUUCUGUUGCUGCUUUCUUGCUGAAUCAUACUGA